CAGGAAGGAACUGUGUACUGCGCUGCGCUGCGCCCGUGACACUCACUCGGAUUCUCUGUGUGCGACUCGGUGCUGACUGUCGCUGAGAACUGUGCUUUGCGUUGCGAGCGGCCCUGCCGUCCCGAAAGACAAGGAAGAUGAUAGUGUGUUGCGCCGGCUGCCAGAAGCCCAUCACAGGCAAGUUCCUGGUGACGGUGCUGGAGAGAACGUGGCACGCCGAGUGUGUGCGCUGCUCCGACUGCGGGGGCGCGCUCACCGACAAGUGCUUCAGCCGCGAGGGAAAGCUCUUCUGCAAGAACGACUUCUUCAGGCGCUUCGGGACCAAGUGUUCGGGCUGCCUGCAGGGUAUCUCUCCCCAGGACCUGGUGAGGAAGGCCCGCGACCGCGUCUUCCACCUCAAAUGCUUCACGUGCUGCGUCUGCCGCAAGCAACUGUCCACAGGCGAGGAGCUGUACGUGCUUGAGGAAAACAAAUUCGUUUGCAAACAGGACUACAUGAGCGGAAAACUGACAGUCGACCCUUACGUCAUGUCCGACGACGAGGAAGAGAUCGAAUCCAUGGACACCGGCGACACCUCCCUCACUUCCCCGGGCUCUGACAACACCACACUCCACGCCCCCAACACGCCCGCGACCCCCGCCACGCCCUCAGCGCCGCCCACCACAGACCUCGAAAAGGCAUCGAGUGUGAAUUCGCGAGACGAAGCCGAAGACGAAGACGAGGUGCUCGAAGGCGAGAAUAAGGACGACGACAGACGGUCUGGCGAAGAGGAGAAAGGAGCCAACAAGCGCCGAGGUCCGCGCACGACCAUCAAAGCCAAGCAACUGGAGAUCCUCAAGAACGCCUUCAACAAGACCCCCAAACCCACACGGCACAUCCGGGAACAGCUGGCCAAGGAGACGGGCUUACCUAUGAGAGUCAUACAGGUUUGGUUCCAGAACAAGCGAAGCAAAGAGCGGCGAAUGAAACAGCUCACGACCAUGGGCAUGCGGGCACACCUCUUCGCCAACCCACGGAAGCUGCGCGACCUGCCCCUGGGUAUGGAGGACGGCUACGGCUUCUUCCCCGGCUACAAUGGGUUCCCCGGACAGCAGUUCCCCGGCUACUUCGGUCCCCAGCAGCCUAUGGGCUAUCCGCACAUGGGCCCUGGCAUGGAGCAGCCCCUCCCCCCAGGCGGACCCAUGGGCGCCGCUGAGUUCCCCGGGAUGCCGCCCAUGGCCACCAUGAUGGGCGAGGCAUGCCCCCCCCACCCCCCCAUGACGUCGCCCUCCGAAGAAAUGGUCCAUGGCGGCGGGUUCAGCGAUCACCAGAGCUCGGAGAUCUUGGCAUGGUAACGGGCAUCUAUACCCCUUCCCCCCCAACCUCCCCCCCACACUACCCG